AUGAGUCCAUUGUCAUUCCAUGCAGUUCACGUACAAAAAUCAUGUUUUGCAAUGAUUAUGUUAUUGCAUUUUGUAUCAUCCCUCACUGCCACUCCCAGAAAUAAAAACGAGACUGAUCGACUUACCCUCCUAGCCAUCAAGGAGAAGAUCACAGAUGACCCUCAAGGUGUUGUGAGCUCGUGGAAUGCUUCUUCCCAUUUCUGUGACUGGGAAGGGGUUAUAUGCGGUCGCCAACGCAGCAGAGUCAUCAUCAUAGAUGUUGCAUUCGGAGGCUUAGCAGGCACUUUAUCUCCUUAUAUUGGGAACCUCACCUUCCUUCGAGGCUUGAGGCUCCAGAACAAUACCUUUCACGGUGAAAUCCCUCGCGAACUUGGUUGUCUUUUCAGCCUUCGAGAACUGAGAUUGAGCAAUAACAGCUUUGAAGGAGAAAUUCCAGCCACCCUAUCGCGUUGCUCUGAGCUCAUGUACCUCGACGUUGGUAAUAAUAACCUAGUUGGCGGCAUUCCAAAAGAGCUUAGUACCUUGUCAAAGCUUACGAUUCUCGCCAUUCAUUCAAACAGUUUGACAGGAGGAAUCUCAUCUUUCAUUGGAAAUCUUACUUCUCUGAAAAGUUUAUCUGCAUCUAACAAUCAUUUUGAAGGAAGCAUUCCAGAUGUGUUCGGGCAGUUGAGAAACUUAAGAGAAGUUAGAUUGAGUAACAAUAACCUCUCUGGUAUUAUCCCUCCAUCUAUUUAUAAUCUUUCUGCCUUAACUGUGCUCUCUUUGGGUUAUAAUCAACUUCAUGGUAGUCUUCAGCUAGGCAUAGGUAUGAUGCUUCAACAUCUUCAAAUCCUUCACCUACAGGGUAACCUAUUUACUGGCCCGCUCCCACUCUCAGUAUCCAAUUUAACAGAAUUAGAGUCCCUUGAUGUAUAUCACAACUAUUUCACUGGAAAAAUCACAACCAAUUUUGGAGACCUAAAGAAGAUUCAUCACGUAAUGUUGGUUUCAAAUAAUUUUGGAAGUGGAGAACCUGAUGAAAUGAAUUUCUUUACUUCUAUGAUCAACUGCAGCAUUUUGGAAAUAUUGGGUUUAAGAGGCAACCAAUUUGAAGGGGUGCUACCAAAGUCUGUGGGAAAUCUCUCAACAAAGCUUUUGGCUUUAACACUAGGUAGAAAUUUCCUGUAUGGAACCCUACCUCCCUCACUAGGUAAUCUUAUUAACUUAGGUUGGUUAAGCUUGGAAGAGAAUCGAUUCACAGGCAUAAUUCCCACUUCCCUUGGCAAUCUCCAGAAGUUAGGAAAAUUGGACCUUGGUAGAAAUUAUUUUUCUGGGACAAUUCCUGAUUCCAUAGGAAACUUGUCAUUCUUGUUUGAACUUUACUUAGGGAAUAAUAGAUUAGAAGGUACCUUACCCUCGAGUCUUGGAAACUGCCAAAAAUUGUUGCUUUUAGAUCUUUCCCAAAAUAAUCUUAGUGGAACCAUACCCAAACAAAUUUUUACACUUCCCUUUCUAUCAAUUUCACUAAAUCUUUCUCAGAAUCAUUUACUCGGACCCCUGCCAUCAGAGGUUGGCAACCUCAAAAGCUUAGUUGACUUGGAUGUAUCAGAUAAUAACAUAUCUAGUGACAUUCCAAGUAGCCUAAGCAGCUGCACUGGCCUUGUAUAUCUACAUCUGGAGGGAAACUCUUUCCACGGGUCUAUUCCUGCAUCAUUGAAGUCUUUGAGAGGUCUUCUAACAAUUGAUCUUUCUCGCAACAACUUAAGUGGACAAAUACCAGAAUUCUUGGGGCAAUUGUCUUUGGCAACCUUGAAUUUAUCAUAUAACAACUUUGAAGGUGAGGUGCCAAUUAAAGGAGUUUUCACAAACUCGAGUACCAUGUCAGUUGUCGGGAAUAAUAGAAUUUGUGGUGGCAUAUCUGAACUACGGCUACCUAGAUGCACCAACAAAAAAAUAAAGGACAAGAUGCAUCUUGUGUACAUUUUAAUUAUCUCGGCAACGUCUACUCUUGUUGGGAUAACCCUGGUGUCAUGCCUCAUAUUUUGUUGGUUAAAAAAGAAAAGCAAAGCUCCAUCUACACGAUCAUCUAUGCGAGAAGGACUCUUGCAAGUAUCUUAUGAAAGGCUCCUUAAAGCCACCGGUGGAUUUUCUCCAGUAAAUAUGCUUGGUGUGGGCAGUUUUGGCUCUGUGUAUAAAGGGACCCUUAAUCAAGAAGGAUCGAUUAUUGCUGUCAAAGUACUUAACCUCCAGCGUCGUGGAGCUUCCAAGAGUUUCAUGGCUGAGUGUGAAGUCUGGAGAAAUAUUCGACACAGAAAUCUAGUCAAGAUCAUUACUUCUUGUGCAAGUGUUGAUUUUCAGGGCAAUGAUUUUAAGGCUUUAGUGUAUGAGUUCAUGCCUAAUGGUAAUUUGGAAAGGUGGUUGCACUCAAGUGCAAAAUCGAAUGAUAGACAGAACGAGCUUCCUAGCUUAAAUCUUCUUCAAAGAAUAAACAUUGCCAUUGAUGUGGCUUCUGCACUUGACUAUCUUCAUAACCAUUGUCAAAAGCCGAUCAUUCACUGUGAUUUAAAGCCUAGCAAUAUCCUUAUUGACCAUGAUAUGGUUGCCCACGUGGGAGACUUUGGGUUGGCAAGGUUUCAUCCAAGAAUCACAAAUACCAUUCAAAGGAGUUCGAAUGGAAUAAGCGGAACUAUUGGAUACACAGCGCCAGAGUAUGGUAUUGGAAGUGAGAUAUCAACUAAAGGGGAUGUUUAUAGUUAUGGUAUCUGCUUGUUGGAGAUGAUGACAGUAAAAAGGCCAACGGACGACAUGUUUCAAGAAGGCCUUAAUCUUCAUAAUUUUGUUAGGAUGGCUAUACCAGACAAUGUGAUAGAGAUCGUGGACCAAGUGUUGUUGAAGAAUAAUGAAGAAGAGACUUCAGCAGCAGAAAAUAAUACUAGACAGAACCAAAGCAUAGUGAAGAAAAUAGAGGAGUGCUUGACUUCAGUUGUGAAAAUUGGAGUGGCGUGCUCUGUAGAGUCCCCACAAGACCGGAUGAACAUAAAUGAUGUUGUCCAUGAGCUGCAAUUUGUUAGAUACAAACUUUCACAACACUGA